CUCUUGUGAUUAGCCAAUGGCACAGGUCUUUUGUUCUCCACAUUGGACCCACGAGGCAGUUCGAUAUCAUGGAGACUGGAGUGAGACCGGAGGGGCGGCAAGGGUAUCCGAUUUGGGAAGAGAGGGGAGGACUUAUAAGAACUGUCGGCGCUCAUGUGGGGAAAGGCAUAUUGAGCGCUGAUAUUUGUUUCGAAAAGCGCGUUUUGUGUCAUUCCAUACUUUCCAUAUCGUUUGCAGGUUUAAUAUACUUCGCAUUGUCAUCUUGGUUUUUUUGUUGAGGACUGGAUCGCAACCAUGAGCUCGAAGAUCGAGACUAUCCUCCAGUCUCUGACCUUGGAGGAGAAGAUCUCUCUCCUUGCCGGGAAAGACUUCUGGGAGACUGUUCCGAUACCGGGGAAGGGUGUGCCUGCCAUCAAGACAAGUGAUGGACCAAAUGGAGCGCGCGGAGAAGUCUUCUCUGGAGGAACAAGGGCAGCAUGCUUUCCGGCCGCUGUCUGCUCAGCUGCAACCUUUGACCCCGAAUUCUCCAAGCGGAUAGGGGGUGCAUUGGCAGAAGAGACGAAAACAAAGAGCGCGCGAGUGCUUCUCGCUCCCACUAUGUGCAACCACAGACACCCUCUUGGUGGUCGAAACUUUGAGUCAUUCUCCGAGGAUCCCUAUCUAGCUGGAAAAAUGGCCGCCAACGUUGUCAAAGGCUUGCAGGAAAAUGGUAUCGCUGCCACUAUCAAACACUUUGCAGCAAACGAGCAAGAAACGGACCGUCUGGCUGUCGACACCAUCGUUUCUGAGCGAGCAUUGAGGGAGAUUUACUUAAAACCUUUUGAGAUCACCAUCAAGGAGGCCAAUCCUCUGGCUGUUAUGACCGCAUAUAACAAGCUCAACGGUACACAUGCGGACUCACAUACUUUCCUACUCAAGCAGGUCCUGCGUGGCGAAUGGGGCUGGGAGGGCUUGGUGAUGAGCGAUUGGGGAGGUGUCAACUCCACGGCAGACUCUUUGAACGCGGGAUUGGACUUGGAGAUGCCAGGACCCACAAGAUGGCGCACCGUGGAAGCCGUCACUGAAGCCGUGCAAAAGGGGGAAAUAACAGAGGCGACUAUUACCGAGCGAGCCAAGAACGUCUUAAACCUCAUCGAGAAGGUUGGUGGGUUUGAGAAUCCCGAGAUUCCACCCGAGCAGUCUAUCGUCGAUCCGAAACAUAGCAAACUCAUCCGGGAAGCUGCUGGUCAAGGUAUCACCCUGCUCAAAAACGAUGACAACAUUCUUCCUCUGAAGAAAGAGGCGGUGAAAGGCAAGAAGAUCGGUCUCUUCGGUCUGGCGAAAGAGGCUCUGAUCCAUGGCGGUGGAAGUGCGUCCUUGAACGCUCACUACCGUGUCAGCCCCGAGGAGGGCUUGAAAGCCGCAUAUGGAGAUGAUGUGGAGUUCAAGUACUCCAAGGGAGCCCACACAUAUCGCCUCCUGCCACCGCUGGCGAAGAGCUGCAAAGAUGCCAAAGGCAAUGCGGGGUGGACCAUGGAGCUCUUCAAGCCUGGCCAGACAGACAAGGCAAUCAAGACGACCAACGAGCUCAAGGACUCCUCCUUCAGCCCGAUUCUCGACAACGAAGCAAAGGACAAGGAAGUACGCUUCAGCGCAACUUUCACCCCUACAGAAAGUGGCUCUCACUACCUCGGCUGCUCAGGCAUCGGACCGACUGUCGUCACUGUCAACGACAAAGUAGUCUUCGAGCAGAAGGAUAACUCACCAGAUCCCAUGGGAUUUCUUCUCGGUGGUAACCCAGAGAAAGAGUUCACUGUUAGUUUCACAAAGGGCGAGUCGUACAAGAUUCAGAUCCACACGAAGCCCCCAGUUGGCGGGACCGACUGGGGCAUUCUCGCCGGUCUACCUGGUUUCAGAAUGGGCUUCAUGACGCAGCAGGAGCACGAUGUGGAUUUAGUCAUCCAAGCCAAAGAGGUGGCCAAAGAGUGUGAUAUCGCUAUCGUCUUCACAGGCCAUACUCCAGCGUGGGAGACAGAAGGCCAGGACCAACUUAGUUUCCACCUACCGCGGGAUGGAUCGCAGGAUAAGCUCGUCGAGACCAUCGCAUCCGUCAACUCGCGCACCAUCGUCGUAAACUCCACCGGAGUGGCUGUCGCGCUACCCUGGCUUAGCAAAGUCUCUGCUCUGGUUCAGGCGUGGUUCCCUGGCCAGGAAGCCGGCAAUGCCAUUGCGGACAUCAUUUCCGGGGCAGUAAAUCCCUCGGGCAGACUACCAGUGUCAUGGCCAAAGCGCAUCGAAGAUGCCCCUGCGUACGGCAACUUCCCCGGCGAGGUCAAGGACGGCCAGCUCACCGUCAAGUACGAAGAGGGCGUCUUCGUCGGAUAUCGACACUACGACCGCGUUGCAAAGGAAAAGGUGCAAUUCCCCUUUGGUUUCGGCCUAUCGUACUCCACCUUUGCUAUAAGCAACAGUAAAGUCUCGCGGACAUCUGCAGAGGCAUUUAGCGCCACUGCCGCCCUUAAGAAUACCGGCAACGUCGCUGGCUCGACUGUGGUUCAGCUGUACGUGGGAAGAAAACACCAAUCACCAGAGCACCCGAUCAAGACCCUUGCAGCGUUCAAGAAGGUCUUCCUACAGCCUGGUCAAGAGCAAACUGUUGAGCUAUCGCUCGCGCUCAAGGACUUUGCCUACUUUGAUGAGGCAUCCAAGUCGUGGAAGGUUGAUAGAGGACAGUAUGACUUCUCUUUUGGCCAGUCGACGGCGGAUAUUGAGAGUGUGGUCACGCUAGACCUUGAGGGGAGCAGGGAGCUGAAACUGUAAGGGAAUGGUAUCUAAUUUAAUUCAAUGAGAAUGAAUAUAUGCAAAUGUCAAUGAACACUGGUU